AUGCAAGAUACAAAUUGUUUAGGCACCCUAACUAGAGAAGAAACCAUUGAUAUCAUGGAGCGGCGGCAGGAGGCGGCGGUGUUACGGUACAUCCGACAGAUGUCCAGACUCCAUGAAAUUGGGCCAUUGGAUGAUCUGUGGGUGGUGGAUGUUGAUGAAGAACACCACGAGGAUUUUUCCCAAUUGAACAAUUUGCAGAUUGCAAGUAUCAUGGCCAGUGAGCAGAAGAAGAUGGAGUACCGGCUCGAAAGACAGAUGGCUGUUUUGAGAAAAAAUCAUACAGACAUUCGUAUGAAUUGUAAUGAGAUCGCUUAA